AGGAGCCUGUCUUGCCGCCGCUCGGCGGUCGGCUCGGCUCCGCUCGGCUCGGGGAGGAGGGCCCUAGCCCAGCGCGCGGCCAAUCCGGGCGGCCGCUGGCGGCGAGCAGGGCAGAAUGGGCCGUAGUUGAGUGAAAUAGGAAAGCUGCGAACAGUGUGGAGUGCUCCCGGUGUAAAUAAAAGGGGGGAAGAAAAGUUUCCCCGAGUCGCGGCUCUGCAGCCUCGCUCCGACGGGGGCGCGGGGCUUCGUGCGCGGCGGAGAUCACCGCUCGGGACUUUGCCGUGCGGCGUUCACGCGCUCCUCCUAUUGUGUUUUUUUCAAAAUAUGGCAAAGGUUCAGGUGAACAAUGUAGUGGUGUUGGACAACCCUUCUCCUUUCUACAACCCUUUCCAGUUCGAAAUCACAUUUGAGUGCAUAGAGGACCUGUCGGAAGAUUUGGAAUGGAAGAUAAUUUAUGUGGGUUCAGCUGAAAGUGAGGAGUAUGACCAAGUAUUAGACUCUGUUUUAGUAGGACCUGUUCCUGCAGGCAGACACAUGUUUGUAUUUCAGGCUGAUGCUCCUAACCCAGGGCUUAUUCCAGAUGCAGAUGCAGUAGGUGUAACAGUAGUGCUAAUUACAUGCACAUAUCGAGGUCAAGAAUUUAUUAGAGUAGGCUACUAUGUAAACAACGAAUAUACUGAAACAGAACUGAGAGAGAAUCCACCAGUAAAACCAGACUUUUCUAAGCUUCAAAGGAAUAUUUUGGCGUCUAAUCCCAGAGUCACAAGAUUCCACAUUAACUGGGAGGACAACACUGAAAAACUGGAAGAUGCAGAGAGCAGUAACCCAAAUCUACAGUCGCUGCUUUCUACAGAUGCAUUACCUUCAGCAUCAAAAGGAUGGUCAACAUCAGAAAAUUCAUUAAAUGUUAUGUUAGAAUCUCAUAUGGACUGCAUGUGACUAACCACCAUCGUUUUGGUACUGUACAUGUAUUAAACUGUAAAAACAACCAGAACUAUUUCCCUCGGUUUCCCUAAGUAUAUAGUUGACAAGCAAUGUGAAGAACUUGUUUUAAAACAUCCUGUAGAAAAGUUUAUAAAAAACAACAAAAAAAAAAAAACCAAAAAACAGUAUUUGAGCAAAUGGUGGAAUAUAAAUACAACUAUUUUUAAGUAAUUGCUUUUUUUUCUCUAACUUGUUACUUUGUUGGUCUAAAUUGAACCUUAUUAAAGUAUGCCUAUUCUUCUCCCCUCCCCCUUUACUUUGUAAGCACUGAUGAAAGCAAAAAACCCUGGAAGUUGAAAUAGUCAGGCAAAAUGAAGCAAUAAUGCUAUGCUGUGUCCUUGUCUCUGAUACCCAGAUUGCCAAAUAUAAAGUGCCCUUUAAUUAAACACCUGAAGAGCAAAGCUGUUAUUAGAGAAAGUACAAAGACAAGUGUUUGCUGUUUUAAAAAAAAAAAAAAAAAAAGCCCCCAACUAUCCUCUCUCUUUCUGUGGAAGUGGACAGCACAGUAUAAUUCUAGGUGCAAGCUUCUUUUCAUUUCCAGACACACACUAGUUAAAGCAUGCAAUUUGAGAUAUACCAUCUGUUAUCUUCAGUUUUAGAACUUUUCUUAAUCUCCUGCUGCUAUUUAAACUGUUUUUUUGACAACAAUGUUUCAUAUGGAUUUAGGUGGGUAUUUCAUGAGAAAACCCUUUUGCAGCCACUGAAUGGUAUACAUAGGUGGUUGGAAAGACUCAAGCAAUUAUUAGAAAAUUUAAUUGUCAAAAGGAAUGGCAUGAGCACCCCCCAGAAAUGGCUCUUCUGCAAGAUCGUUAUGCACAGUUGCUGGUUCAUACAUUGAUUUUUUCAAGUAGGCUACAUUUUUUUUUAUUUUAACUUAUAGUAGCGAGUUCAGAUGUUUUCUUUCAGUUUUUUGAAAGAUCUGGAAUUUAAAAUAUUUCAGUUUUUUGUUGCCCUUUAAGGGAAAAUGAUGCACUGGUAUAAAUUAAGAUUCAGACCCUUUUGUGGCAGGCACUUCAUACUCAAGAAUGCACUGCCUAUCCUGAAGGUGUUGCAGUGACACAUUCCUUAUUACCUGAGGCACCCUUGAAGAUAAAAAAGAAUGAGGCAGUGAACUGUAAAGACUUAAGACACUGUUAUGACACUAACAAUUCAGUUAUUCUUUCUAAUCCUUGUCAGCAUUAUAGGUUUACUGUGACUAUAAUAUGCAUUUAAAAUUGUAAUCUGUCAUGUCAGAUUACAGAAAUAGUGUUCUGCUGGUUACUAGUAACCACACAAACUGUGAAUAAUCCUUGUAGGUUCCAGGCCCUUAAAAUGGAUGAAUUUCAUGAUGACUUGGCAGAAUAGCUCUGAAUAAAAAUAGAAUGCUUUCUCUUCA